UGAGGAGGAAGACCCAUUUUGCCCAAUGCCAAUGCAAGCUGUUAAUCCCUACCUAGAACGGGUGUGAGGGCACGAUUGUCAUAAUUGGGUAGUUCGUGACUCAAUUCCCUUCCAUUUUGGUGGUGCACGGUGUCACUGCAUCUUAUUGUUGACAACGCCAUGGCGCGCUCCGCUGUGGGAGUGGUUGCGCUUGCAUUGCUUUGUUCACUGCAUCCCGUCCUUGGUUUGUACGCGCCAUCGUCUGAUGUUUUGACCCUGACACCAGAAAACUUCAAGAGCAAGGUGCUCAAGUCUGACUCAGUCGUGCUUGUGGAGUUCUUUGCUCCAUGGUGCGGCCACUGCAAGAGCCUGCAGCCUCAGUACGACAAGGCCGCCACCGCACUGAAGGGCGUCGCAGUGGUUGCGGCUGUUGACGCUGAUGCUCACAAGUCUUUGGGGGCCGAGUAUGGGGUUCAGGGCUUCCCCACAAUCAAGGCCUUUAUCCCUGGCCAAAAGAAACCAGUUGACUAUCAAGGCGCAAGGGAGGCAAAGCCCAUGGUUGACUGGGUGCUACAGCAGGCAAAGAGUCUGGUGUCAUCGCGCCUGAGUGGCAAGAAGAGCAGCAGCGGCGGCAGUAGCAGCGGCGGCGGAAAGGAGAGCAAGGAGUCGGCAGUGGUCACUCUGACGGACAGCAACUUUGAGAAGGAGGUGCUGCAGAGCGGGGAUCUCUGGAUGGUCGAGUUCUUUGCCCCCUGGUGCGGCCACUGCAAAGCUCUGGCCCCUGAGUGGAAGAAGGCGGCCGGCAAUCUGAAGGGCAAGGUGAAGCUUGGGGCCGUGGAUUGCACUGUGGAGACGAGCUUGGCAUCCAAGUACGAUGUCAAGGGUUUCCCCACCAUCCUAGUUUUCGGUGCGGACAAGCAGAGCCCGCAACCGUACGAGCAGGGCCGGACGGCGUCUGCAAUUGAGGACUAUGCGCUGCGGUUGCUGGAGACGUCGGCAGUGGCCCCGGAAGUGGUGGAGAUGACGAGCCAGGCGGCCUAUGACAAGGCAUGCGGCAACGCCCAGAUCUGCUUCCUCUCCUUCCUCCCGCACAUCCUGGACUCGGGCGCCGCCGGGCGCAACGCCUACAUCACCACGCUCAAAGCGACGGCGGAGAAGCAUAAGCGGCGGCCGUAUGGGUACGUGUGGGCUGAGGCCGGGGCGCAGCCCGAGUUGGAAGAAGCGGUCGGGGUGGGGGGGUACGGAUACCCGGCAAUGGUUGGGCUCAACGCGAAGAAGGGGGUGUACUCGUCGCUGCGGGGCGCGUUCGCGGACCAGUCGAUCAGCACGUUUGUGGCGAAUCCGUCAACUGGGGUCACGACAAUCUCGGCGGUUCCCUCAGUAAAGACGGUGCAGCCGUGGGAUGGGAAAGACGGGAAGCUAGAAGAGGAAGAGGAGUUCAGUCUCGACGAUCUAAUGAAUGAGGAGCUGUAGCCGACGAAGUGAGCUAACUUUUUGUGCGCACCUCCUUGACGAAAGAAGUCGGUGUUUCGUCUGAGCUGAGUUAAUACCCACCUCUCGCUUCCGACAGCAGCCAUUCACAAGCCUUGUAUUACGGUGGACACGGGACAGCAGUGGCUGUGAUUUGCCAUGUGGUCGAGCGAUUGCUCUUGGCUGAGUCCGCGAAUCAAUCAUGUCACGUGCUGCACAUGUACGUACCAGCACAAAUUUAC